AUGGCGGAUACAAAGAGUCUGGUCACUUUCCGACUCCUCCCUGUGGAGAUGAGAGAGGAGAUCUUCAAGUACACAUUCGCAACAAGCCAAAACUAUCCGGAUUUUGCAGCCUCCACGCCUGCCCUGCUGGUCGCCCUCCGAGGAGACCGCGAACUGUACGACCAAGCGCUGAGGGUAUUUUACGGCAUUAACCACUGGUUUCUCACUGCAAGGAACUUCCAAGGGGUCAGUGCUCUAGGGAAGUUUGCGGUUGCUUGUAUUCGGAGUCUGACUAUCUUCGUGGAUGACUGGUUCGAGGACGACGUUGAGUUCAGGGAAUUCCUGCAAGACCCUAAGGGAAACCUUGCACGGGCUGAGAGUAUCCAGACACUCCGAUUCUAUAUAGAAUCCUACCGUGAUCUCGUUUCUCUGCAGCUGAUCAGGCACUUGGUCGCAAGUUUCCCCAGACUGAAGCGCUUGGAAUUCCAUGAGCAUUGCACGUCCGAAAAGGAUUCGGGAUUGCAUCUUAUAGAUCAGGUCAAUUGUCUGUUUUGGUGUAAGGCGAAGCUUGAGGAGGUCGGCACCUCAGAAGGUUAUGAUGUUAUUAGCAACGACUGGUUCUGGGAGGAGGAGAAUGGAGACGUUCUUCAACGUGCUCUGUGA